AUGUAUAAACUUCUUGCUCUUUCUAUAGGAUCAAUUAGUUUGAUAGCAGGAAAAUUAAAAAUAAUGGGAGGUAUUAACUAUUUUAAAACCCAUGAAGAAGUAUGAUUAAAAAUAAAUAAGAUUUCAUUGGAUGAUAAAACUAUAUUGAUAACAGGUGGAACAGAUGGGAUUGGAUGGGAAACUGCAAAAAAGUUAGCAAAAGCAAAAUGUGUAAUUAUUGCAGGAAGAAAUGUUGAAAGAAUAAAAUCUUAAUUAAUUAAUUACAAAAAUAUCAAAUAUAUGUACUUAGACUUGAAUGAUUUGGAUAAGGUUUAGGAAUUCUGUUAGGAAUUUAAAAAUACUUAUGAAAAGUUAGAUAUUUUGAUUAACAAUGCAGGAAUUUAUAAUUUAGAGUUGAAAUACACUAUAUAAGGAUUUGAAUAGAAUUUUGGUGUUAAUUAUUUAUCUCCUUUUUUGUUAACCUAUAAUUUGCUUGAUCGCAUUCCAAAUGAAUAAGAAUCAAGGAUUAUAUUUGUUGCUUCACGUGCCCAUUUAAACUCUCCUCGCUAGGUUGAUUUCAAUUACUAUUUAAAUCAAGAAUCUAUACCAUAUUCAUGGUAUAAAAUUUAUGCCAUUUCUAAGUUAGCUAAUGUAUAUCAAGCAUCUUCAUUUGCUAACAACCUAAAGAACACUAAGAUUAAGGUUUACACUUUACAUCCUGGCGUUGUUCGAACUAAUAUGCUUAAUUAAUUUUAGUUUUUUUCAUUUUUAGCUCCUAUGAUAUGGUAUUUCACAAAGACUCCUGAAUAAGGAUCAGUAACUUCAACAUUUUUAGCUACAUAACCAAAUCAAAAAUUAAAAAAUGGAUAUUAUUAUAAAGAUUGUGUUCCAAAGUAUCUAAAAGAAGACAAUAAUGUAUUGUUUGAGUAAACAAUUAAGUUACUUCAAAAGCUUGGUUAUAUUAAAUGA